GUCAUGUCACCGGCGCGCCCUGGGUCGGACGGAGGUGGAAAAGCUUUCUUUUUGUUUUAACUUGUCGAAGCCUUUCUAACUAUUGUACUUAGAAGAUCUGACGAAGCUUUGUAAGUCGGUUAUUGCUCAUGAGUAAAUCUAAGGUUUCUGCAGAAUGGAAGAAGCGUGUGAAAUCGGAAUAUAUGAGGCUACGCCAAGUAAAGCGUUUCAAACGCGUGGACGAAGUAAAGGUAGCAUGGGCCCGCAACUUGAGAAUUAUGUCGGAGGCGGUUGAGGCUCAUGACGCGGAAACAGCUGAGCAGCCAAGGAAGCCAUUCUGGCCUCCGGCUGCACCUGUACCUAAUCAUGAGAGCCUCAUGAAGAGGGCUGAGGUCACUUAUACUGAUGCCUCAGGCGUAGUAACAACCCAACAGGUCCCAAUCAGAAUCAUAAACUCUGUAAACCCAAUCCCCACCAUGUACACCUGGGCGCCAACACAGAAGAACUUCAUGGUGGAAGAUGAGACAGUCCUGCACAACAUCCCGUACAUGGGCGAUGAGGUGCUGGACCAGGAUGGUACAUUCAUCGAGGAGCUCAUAAAGAACUACGACGGGAAAGUGCAUGGUGACAAAGAAGGAGGUUUCAUAGAUGACCAGCUGUUCGUGGACUUAGUUCACGCGCUGAUGGCCUUCCAGACUAAGGAGGAAGUUGCAGAGGAGCGCAGAGACAGGGAGGCUCGGAACUCUAAGGAGGAGAAGGAGAGAGAGGCUAAAGAAAAAGCUGCGGAGCGCAAAGACAGAGAAGCAAGAAACUCUAAAGAGGAUAAGGAGAAAGGAGUACUGACGACUAAGGACAAAACUGAAGAACGCAAGGAUCGUGAGGCGCGGAACUCGAAGGAGGAUAAGGAAAAAGCAGUACCCACAUUGAUGCCCUUCCCUAAAGACGAAUUAUCUGAGGAGCUAAAGGAGCGGGAAACUCGGAACUCUAAGGAGGAAAAGGAGGUAGAGAAGGAUUCGAGCAAGGAUAAGGAUAAAGAAGUGGUUAAAGAAGGCGACAAGAAGGUUAUCAACGAUAAGCAGUUUCCCAUAUUUACGAUAUUCCAAGCUAUCAGUAUUCAAUUCCCUGAUAAGGGCACUGCACAAGAGUUGAGAGAAAAAUACAUAGAACUAACAUCUCGCAGCGAUCCAAACGCCCUCCCGCCGGAGUGCACUCCGAACAUCGACGGUCCGCUCGCGGAGUCGGUCUCGCGGGAGCAGACCAUGCACUCGUUCCACACGCUGUUCUGUCGCCGCUGCUUCAAGUACGACUGUUUCUUGCACCGUCUGCAGGCGUGUCACCCGGGGCCCAACCUGACAAAGCGCAAGGGGCCUGACCUAAAGGCCUUCUCCGAACCCUGCGGGCCUAGCUGCUAUAUGAUGCUUGACGGAAUGCGCGAGAAGCUGGCGCGCGAGGCGCUGGCGGGCGCCGCGCUCGACUCGCCCAACGACGCCUCCUCCGAGGAUAGCAACGACAGCAACCGCUUCCACAAGGGCAGCAAUAGUAACUCAAGCAACAGCAACUGGAGUUCCAACGGUCACUUGAAGCAAGCAGGCGAGAGUUCUGCGGAACCCGCUUACAACGCAUUAGGUCUGUCAGUAGGCGAUAUCGAGUCGGAGUGGACGGGGUCUGACCAGUCGCUGUUUAGGGCUCUGCACAAGGUGUUCCCCGCUAAUUACUGCGCCAUCGCUCAGGUCAUGCUGUCCAAGACCUGCCAACAGGUGUAUAACUACUGGAUCCGCACGGGCGUGGAGGAGCUGGGCCCGGCGGCCGAGCUGACGCCGCCGCGCAAGAAGAAGAAGAAGCAUCGCCUCUGGUCCGUGCACUGCCGCAAGAUACAGCUCAAGAAGGACUCCGCCUCGCAUCAUGUUUACAACUACACGCCGUGCGACCACCCGAACCAGCCGUGCGACAACAUGUGUCCGUGCCUGCAGUCGCAGAACUUCUGCGAGAAGUUCUGUCAGUGCAGCAGCGAUUGUCAGAAUCGUUUCCCUGGCUGUCGCUGCAAGGCGCAGUGCAACACGAAGCAGUGCCCGUGCUACCUCGGCGUGCGCGAGUGCGACCCCGACCUGUGCACGGCGUGCGGCGCCGACUCGCCGCACCUGCCCGCGCCGCCCGUCUACUGCAAGAACGUGUCCGUGCAGAGAGGUCUACACAAGCACCUACUGCUGGCGCCAAGCGACGUGGCGGGCUGGGGCAUCUUCCUGAAGGACGCGGCGCACAAGAACGAGUUCAUCUCCGAGUACUGCGGCGAGAUCAUCUCGCAGGACGAGGCGGAUAGACGCGGGAAGGUCUACGACAAGUACAUGUGCUCCUUCCUCUUCAAUCUUAAUAAUGAUUUCGUAGUAGACGCGACUCGCAAAGGCAACAAGAUCCGUUUCGCGAACCACUCCAUCAACCCGAACUGCUACGCGAAGGUGAUGAUGGUGAACGGCGACCACCGCAUCGGCAUCUUCGCCAAGCGAGCCAUACAGCCCGGGGAGGAACUGUUCUUUGAUUACAGAUAUGGACCGACCGAGCAGCUCAAGUUCGUUGGCAUUGAACGGGAAAUGGAAUUCUUAUGAGAGCAACCCAAAUAGUCGUAGGACAGACAUCACGCUCCGACUAGUGUCAGCGAAACCUUGCCAACUUGUUCUGAAGACACUCAGUGUCAGUGAUGUCGCAAACUACAGACUUACCCAACCCAACAGAGGGUAAUGUUAAAUUAUGGACGUCUUUAGUUGUAAGCUUACGAUAACCAUUGUCUGUAUGUUGGUGAAUCUUUUAGUGUUACAAAAUUAUUGUAGAAAUGUGAACUGAUUAUAACUUACUCUGUCUUUUUACAAUAAACAAUUUUUAAUCAUU